AUGGACAUGCUUGCGAUGCCCGCGGAGUCGGCGAUGCCCGCGGAGUCGGCGCCGCAGGAUGAGGAGGUGGAGAGCGAGGAGGAGGCGGAGGCGGAGGUGGAGAGCGAGGAGGAGGCAGAGGCGGAGGGUAGCGAGAGCGAGGUCGAGGCACAGGUCGAGAGUGACGGGGAGAGUCCCAAGCCGGAGGAGCCGCUGGAGGAGCUGAGGGCGGCGGCUAACGCUGCAGCGCAGAGAUUGGCGGAGGCUGAGAAAGCGCUUGCAGCGGCGAGGGCGGCGGCGUCAGCAAAGGCGGCGGCGGCGGCGGCGGCGGCGGCGGAGGCGGAGGCGGAGGCUGUGUCGAGGGAGGCAGUGCCUGCCGAAACCGAGAUGGCGCAGCGAAGUCGGCCGGCCGCGGAGGAAGCCCUCCCCGUCUUCUCCGCGCCGCCCGUCUUGACCGUCUUCUCCGCGCCGCCAGUCCCGACCGUCGGCUUCCCGUGCUGGGCCAAGGUACGCGGCUCGCCUUGGUGGCCCGCAGUCAUCCGCGCAGAGGAGGAGGGCGACUCGGUGCGGGUGCGCUUUUGCGGCACGGGCGACGUGGCGACGCUCGAGCGAGCGAGUUGCAUCAAGCCGCUCCGCGAGGACGAGCGCCUCUUCGACGCCAAGCGCUGGGGCAAGGACUUUGGACGGCCAAAAUGGAGCCACCUUCGCGCGCCCUUUGCUCGCGCUGUUGCUGAGGUGCUCGCACUCGAGGCGACUCUCCCGCCUGCGCCGCCGCCUGCACAGGCCGCGUCGGCGCCCGCCGCGGCCGCAGGGGAGGAGGAGGAAGAGGAGAGAAAGGAGGAGGAGGAGGAGGAGGAGGAGGAGGAGGAGGAGGAGGAGGAGGAGGAGGAGGAGGAGGAGGAGGAGGAGGAGGAGGAGGAGGAGGAGGAGGAGGAGGAGGAGGAGGAGCCGCUGCCCGAGGGGGUGGAGGUGGGCGGGUUUUGCGUCGCGACGGCCCCGCACGCCGGCGAGCGGAGGCGCUUCAAGGCGGCGCCCUCCACCGCCACCACCUUCCUCUUCGCCAGCCAGGUGUCGGCUUGGACCCCGCCCGAGCAGCGGCCAGGCGCGGCGGCUGCCUCCCCGAGCUCGGCGGCGGAGAACCGCAAGCUGCGCGUGCGCUCCUCCGCCUCGGGGCUCGUGCUUCCCCGGACGGGCGUGCCUGCCGGGCCGGCGGCAGGUGCCGCCGGGGCAGAGGGCUGGCUCAGCGGAGGGCCUCACGUCGGCCAGCGGCUGCUGCGGCGCCUCGAAGGGCAUGGGGACAUCGGCGCGGUGGUGCGGCUCUACCUGCCGCCGGGCGAGGCGGAGGACGAGCCCGCGCUGUGGCGGAUCGAGCACGACGACGGCGAGAUUAGCCGAGAUUGGCCGAGAUCAGACGAGGCGGCGGCGAGGACUGAGAGGCUGUGGGCGGCGUGCUUUCAGCUGCGAGCCGUGCCGCACCAGGGGACGGCGAGGACCUCGAGGAGAACGAGCUUCUCGAGGCAAUCGCUCGGCGCAAAGGGAGGCUGCGGACGCCGUCGCACGCGGUCGGGCACGCUCGUGAGCGCGACCAAGCACGCGAGGCCGCUCCACGUCGCCGCACUCGCCGAGGAGCUCAGGUCGGACGCCGAGGCGGUGGCGGUCUUCGAGGCGGCGCAGCGCGUCAAGAAGGCGAAGCAGAACGUCGACCUCGAGGUCGCCGGCUGGCGGAUCCUCUACAAGCAGCGCGGCGACAAGUCCCACGGGUUCGGGGACCUGUACGUGUACGAGCCGGGCGAGGCGACCGUCAACUGCAACCACGGAGGCGCCGCUCGAUUUGGCUGCGCGGGGGGGUGGGGGGGCGCGUGCCGCUCGAUGGGCUCGCUGCACGAGGUGGAGGUGGAGGUGGAGGCGGCGGGGGGUGGGCAGGAGUGGCGGAGGGCGGACGUGCGCUCGCACCUCGCCGACGGCCGCUUCCUCGUGUGCGUGCACCUGCCGUCGGGCGAGCCCGACGAGGAGUGGCUCGAGUGGUUCUCGCGCGCCGACGAGGGCGGCGAGUGGCGGCGGGUGGAGCAGCGGCUCCAGCUCACGCACGAGCCGCCGCGCGCGGGCGCGAAGCGCAGCCGCGACGCGGGCGGCGGCGAGGAGGCGGCGGCGGAGGCGGCGGCGGAGGCGGCGGGCGGCGAGGAGGGCUCGCGGAAGCGCGCCCGCCCGCCAUCGCACCGCCGCCCGUGGAGCGAGGAGGAGGAGGAGGCGCUGGUGCAGCACGCGGCGGCGAGCGGCGGUGCGCCAGUCAAGUGGGGCCCGUUUGCGGAGAGGUCCGGCCGCACUGAAAUCGCGUGCCAGCAGCGGUGGAAAAGGAUGCGGGUCGGGCAGAGCGGCGGCGUCGUCGCCCUCGGAGAGGCGAGGCUGAAGCAGCACGCGAGGACCGUGCCGCGUACUAAGCACAAGGCGACGCCACUGGCGCUCCCGGCGCCGGCGGCCGCGAUCGCGACAACCGCCGCCGCAGAUGCCGGCAUGCGGCCCGGACACGCCCUCAAGUUCUACGACUGGUGCGUCCACGACCGCGCCUGACUACGACGGUGCGUCCACACGCCUGACGGAAGCGCGGCGCGACGCCCAGACGUUGGCUUGCGUUCCACGCUGCGUUGCCGCGACGUAUCUCGUAUGAUGCACCGUCCACCGAUGUGAGACCCUGCGUCACGGCGUGAACGGUGAAGCCUGGGAGAUCUAUCCGAUCCCCCCGAGCGAGAAGUGCGUCAAGUGAUAGAAGUGACAUGACGGCUGAUUUACAUUUAGUGGAUUUCCUCGCGGCUC